UGGCCAUAGAAUUUUUACCGCCAAACGCGGCAAGGAUUGAAGAUUGCUACGGAGGCGAACGAUUUCAGACGCUUGCUUUCCACAGAUCAUGUCAGACUUCAACGGCGUACCGUCUAGCAUUCCACCUGGCCAGGAAGGCUUCCUGGGUUACUGGCCCCCACCAGUUCAGAACAAGGUGCCGAGGAAGCCAUCAUUUAUGAUGGAUGAUGUUAUAGGAAAUAUCACUCAAUAUCACAUGCCAUCUACGGGUGGAUCUACGGGGUCGUCUCCCACUGCCGACAGCUCCUCAGAGAACUCGGCAAGUCCAAGGCUUUCGCCUGUUCAUCUUAACGAGUCACCACCCGAGAGCACAGCAUGUUCUCCCGUACCCGCAGAGGAUAUCGCAGUCCCUAAAAAGAACCGUUCCUCGUUUUCCGCUGAACAAGUUUUCCGAUUAGAAAAGACAUUCGAACUCCAGCAAUACCUCGGCACCAAGGAGCGCCAACAACUCGCGCUUGCUCUCAACAUGACCGACAAUCAGGUAAAGACGUGGUUCCAAAAUAGACGCAUGAAGCAAAAGCGAAAACGAGCCGAAUUCACACAGCAGCACACCAAGAUAGCCUAUCUGAACAGUAUAUCACGUGAUCUACAACCCGGUAUCCAUGGAUACCAGCCGCAUCCGGCAUACCCUCGUUACCAGGCUGCCUCGCCCCUAACGUACUUGGGAUACACACCCGAGCCACCACCGCUUCACCGACCUCCGCUCCCACCGACAUAUUUCGAGAAGCCUAGUGCCGAGUUUCCUCAAUCGCCCAAUCUCUACCGAAUGGGGCCUGGACCUGACGUAGCCCAUCCAAGUGCUUCGCCGCUUGAGUAUCCAGGCCUGCCACAGGGAUUCCGAGAAUACUCUUCUUUCGAGUCUACUCAUCCGUUAAAACAUAAGUGAAGCAAAAACGCGAAUAUACGGCCAAAAGACAAUCACGGGAAAAUUUGUGAUUGCAAAAUUAACUACUUUAAUUUUCCUGCAUUUUGUAAAUAAUGGUUUCUUUAUUGCUUUAUAUAUAUAUAUAUUUUUAUUUUACUUUCGAGUGUAAUAAACGAUAUGCAAAUGCC